UUACACGCGUGGCUUGUCUCCGUUCUUGCAGAGUAUAAGACAGGAGAGGACCGUAGCAAUUUCAAAGUUUACAGGAGGGUCUCACCCCUGCAGAUGAUGACCGAUCGAGCCAAUCACAUCAGCGUUGCCAUGACUGAGGACCUCACGUCCACCAAUGGGACGCCUAGGACCAAGGUCAUGACCAGCAGCACCACGGUGGAGCUGAACAAGCUGCAGCCCCGGGGCUCCACGGUCAGCUUCCACAGCAUCCAGUACAAGGUGAAGCUGAAGACUGGACCGCUCUGCAAGAGGAAGAACACUGGCAGGGAGAUUCUGGUGGACCUCAAUGGCAUCAUGAGACCAGGCCUAAAUGCUAUUCUAGGACCCACUGGAAGUGGAAAGUCCUCGUUCCUGGACGUUCUAGCAGCCAGGAAGGACCCCUCUGGUCUCUCAGGGGAGGUGCUGAUCGACGGGGCACCACAACCACCCAACUUCAAGUGCCUCUCCGGCUAUGUUGUCCAGGACGACGUGGUGAUGGGGACUCUGACGGUGAGGGAGAACCUGCGAUUCUCUGCAGCGCUGCGUCUGCCCCGCUCCGUGCCCCAGAAAGAGAAGGAGGCCAGGGUCAACAACCUCAUCACUGAGCUAGGCCUCACCAAGGUGGCCGACGCUAAGGUUGGUACCCAGAUGAUCCGGGGGAUCUCUGGAGGGGAGCGGAAGAGGACCAACAUCGGCAUGGAGCUCAUCAUCGACCCCUCUGUUCUCUUCUUGGAUGAACCCACCACGGGCCUGGACGCUAGCACCGCUAACUCUGUCCUACUGCUGCUCAAAAGGAUGGCCAAUCACGGACGCACCAUCAUCAUGUCCAUCCACCAACCGCGUUACUCCAUCUACCGGCUGUUCGACUCCCUGACCCUGCUAGUCAGCGGCAAACAGGUGUACCAUGGGCCGGCCCAGAAUGCACUGGACUAUUUCGCCAACAUAGGUUACGCCUGCGAGGCCCACAACAACCCAGCCGACUUCUUCCUAGACGUCAUCAACGGAGACUCUACUGCCACUGCUAUGAACAAGAUUCAGGGAGAAGACAUUGACUUUGAGGAGCUUAGUGGCUCCAAGCAGACCAUCGAGGAGCGUCUAGUGGAGGAGUACAGGAACUGCUCCUACUUCAGAGACACACAGGCCGAACUGGAGAGGAUCGCCCAGGGAAAGCAGUACACCACCAAGCCCACGUCCCGUACCAUCACCUACAACAGCUCCUUCUUCACCCAGCUCCACUGGGUCCUAGGGAGAACCUUCCGGAACCUGGCGCUGAACCCCCAGACCUCUGUGGCACAGCUGGGAGUCACCAUUUUCCUGGCUCUUAUUGUGGGCGCCAUUUUCUUCAGGGUGAAGGACGAUCAGAGUGGAAUACAGAACAGGAUCGGUGCUCUGUUCUUUAUCACCACCAACCAGUGUUUCAGCACGCUGUCCGCUGCCGAGCUCUUCAUCACAGAGAGGAAGCUGUUUGUCCAUGAGUACAUCAGCGGGUAUUACAGAGUCUCAGUCUACUUCCUGUCCAAGAUCCUGUCUGACAUCAUCACCCUGCGCACCAUCCCCGCCAUCAUCUUCAGCUGCGUGGUCUACUUCAUGAUAGGUUUCAAAGCCACUCCGGCAGCCUUCUUCAUCUUCAUGUUCACUGUGACUCUGGUGGCCUACACAGCCACUGCCAUGACCAUGGCCAUCUCUGCCGACCAGAGCGUGGUGGCACUGGCCAACAUCUUCAUGACCAUCAGCUUCGUCUUCAUGAUG